AUGUAUAAUUCUGAAGUAAUCGAUGCAUUAAAAUCAAACAAGCCAAUUGUAGCAUUAGAGUCUACCAUUAUAAGUCAUGGAAUGCCUUACCCACAAAACUUGGAAACUGCGAUUAUGAUAGAAAAUAUAAUACGUGAUCAUAAAUGUGUUCCUGCCACAAUUGCUGUUUUAGAUGGUAUAGUUCACGUAGGUUUGACAAAGGAUGAAUUAGAGAAAUUGGCAAAGUUGGGUCAUCAAGCUAGAAAAUGUUCAAGGAGAGAUCUUGCUUUUGUUACAUCGCAGGGAUUAACAGGAGCAACAACAGUCUCUGGAACAAUGGUGAUUGCACACAGAGCAGGAAUAAAAGUAUUUGUCACAGGGGGUAUUGGAGGUGUUCACAGAGAUGGAGAAAAUAAAUUGAGUAGAACACCUGUUGCUGUUGUAUGUGCAGGUGUUAAAUCAAUCCUGGAUAUUGAAAAAACUUUGGAAUAUUUGGAAACUCAAGGUGUUACUGUGGCAACUUUUGGAGAAACAGAUGAUUUUCCGGCAUUUUUUACGCCAAAGAGUGGCUUAAAGAGUCCAUCACAUUUGAAAACAAUUGAAGAUUAUGCAAAUUCAAGACUUAAACUUGAAAGUGGUAUGCUAAUUGCUGUUCCAGUACCAGAACAUGAAUCAGCUGACGCAAAUAAAAUACAGGUGGCAAUUGAUCAAUCAUUGAGGGAAACGUUUGACAAAAGAAUUCAUGGUAAAGAUGUUACCCCAUUUUUACUUAAAAGAGUUAAUGAGAUUACUAAAGGUGAUUCAUUAAAAUCAAAUAUUGCUUUAAUAAAGAAUAAUGCAAAAAAGUCAUCAUCAUCUAUUUCUAAUCUUAACAACAACAGAAAUAGUAAUGAAAAUAUUGUAGAGGCAUGUUACAAGUUAGGAUUAAACCCUACUUUUGUAUCUACAAUUGGUGACGAUUUAUUUGGUAGAUGGAUAUUAGAAAAUUUUAAAAAAGUUGGAGUUAUUUUAAAUGAUAGUUCAACUGCUAUUUAUAGUGCCAUACAUGAUUCCAGCGGAGAAUUAUUUUGUGCCAUUGCUGAUAUGAAAAUAUUUGAUAAGAUUUCUUAUAAUCAAGUCAAAGAAUUGAUUGAUCCACACAAUCUGCCAAAGUUAAUAUGUUUUGAUGGUAACCCAACAGUAGAUUGCAUUUAUGACAUAUUAGAUUUAUGCAAGGAAUAUAAUAUACCAGCAUUUUUUGAGCCAACAUCAAUUUCAAAAUCAAUUAAAAUUUUACAAAAUCCAGCUAAAUUUAAAUCAUUGAUUUUCACAAACACUUUAAAAUAUAUUUCACCAAAUAUUCAUGAGAUUAAAAAAAUGUAUAGAAAAUUAGACAUAGAGUUCCUUAGAGACGUUGAACUUGAAGAGGAUGUUUUAUUUAAUUCCAUGAAAUUCCUGUCAUAUAUACCUAAUAUUAUAAUUAAAUUGGGCAAGAGUGGUGUAUUAUCAUUACAAUAUUUAAGAAGUGAUAAUAAUAUUGAAGAUGAAAAAUUGAUCAGAUCUAUAGAUGACUUUGGAAUUGAAAUAUUAAUCAAAGAUUUAGAUUAUAGCAUCAGGAUUAAACAUUUUAAACCAAAAUUUAUACCUCACGAUAAAAUUAUUAAUGUUACUGGUGCAGGUGACAGUUUUGUAGGCGCAUUGAUAUCUGGUUUAACAACUUUCAAAGAAUUAAGUAAAGAUAAUCAAUAUAAUUCUUGGGAUAAACUUAUUAAUUUAGGACAAAAGAUUGCUUUAUUAAGUCUACAAAGUGAUAAAUCUGUUAGCGAUGAAAUAACUCCUGAUCUAAUAAAAAAAAUGUCGAUUUGA